GACCACGGCUUAUGCGUCAACCCCAUAUCACUAAAUAACAUGGGUCUUAUUGGUUGUCAGCACAGAUGACAAAUGAAACAGUAGUACUCGGUGGAAAUCACUUGUAGAAUGAUGUGCUAUGAGUGUCCAACGACCACACACCAUGCCUGAAUUAUAUAUGCAGUAUGUUGCUCAGAACAGCUUCAGUCUCUGUACUCGCUGUCCAUGGUGCUGAUCUGUUACGCUCGCUCUAUGUCCUCUCUCAUAGGAAACAGAGAGCUUUGGUUGAGUUCAGUCAUUGCUCUCGUCUUUCUCACGAGGUUUGCUACUGGAAGUCUGUCCCUCUUGCUAAAUCUCCCAUCUAACAGUGAACAGAAUUUGAAGGCAUGAGAAAGAUGGUACCCUAUAUUAUGAAUCAGCAACACUGGGCCUAGAUUUCCAAGGUAACCAUCAGACUUCAAAAGACAAUCUUUAUGCUUCAGUCCAUUUAUUUUCUUUAUCCGCAAGAAUAAUUGUUGGCAUGGCAACAGGGCUUGGUUAUAUCCCCCUCAGAUUUCUCUUUAAGCCGUAUUAAUUCGGCAGUGACUUAAACAAAUCACAGCCCACAUCUCCAUGGAGAUUCUUCUAGAACAUUUAACGUUGACCUAGACUUGUCUCGUGCCCCUGUGCUGCCAGCCAGUCAGUUCUUCUAUUGAUGUGUGUAGGCCUAUUUCCGUUGGCAUUUCCCCUGUGUGCUAGGAGUGAGUGUGUGUCUGUCUCUCACUGUGUUUUCUAUGACAGAUUGAAAGAGAGCUACAUAAAUACAGUACUGUAUCUGUGCUCUUCCCCUUCUCCUCUGCGCCUCACUCAGCGACGCGCCUGUCCCUGUCGCUCCGCCGCCGCCGCUGCUCCUUUUGAAUCACACACAAGCGCGCGCCUAGUUAUCCACCAAGUGAUAAUUGCGCAGCUGAUUGUUUUCUGCGGAAUUUCAACGGAAAUAAACAGCGGGAAGUAAGCUAUAUAGUUUUCCGGUUUUCGAGGUUAAAUUGCCAUUUCGACAAACAUUCACUGUUUUUCCCACGCGGGGGACUGGGAUUGUAUCAGACUAACUCUUCCGUUUGCCAGAGAGACAUUCUGGAACGUACCGGGAACCAGGAGGGAGUUGUCAGUCAACAGGCAUCAGGGAAAGCCUCCGCCCGUUGGGUUUGACGUUAACUGCUCCGUGUUGGGGUUCUCGCGCUCUCCACUCGCCUGAAGUGAAGUGAAUUAUCCGUAGUUGGAGAAGAACGUUCAGACUUGAGCCGCGAGACAAGGAACGCCAGACAGCCAGUGAGGACUUGGGAUUUCAAUAGACUAAUGUGAAAACAUUAUCUUCUAUGGAUUCAGAGGCGGCGAGAAAAGGGACUACGUGCGUUUUGUUAUUUUACGCAUUAAUAAUAACCUAACCACACUAAACUGUAAGGAAACCCAUUAAUUGUUUUUUUGUCUUUGCCUUGUUCCAAAAAAAUGAAGGUUGAACGUUAAUCGUGCAGUUAUUGAAUAAUUUUGACCCGUUUUCGUUAUCUUGGAGGAAAUGGCUUGACUCCGGUGGUGAGAGGAGGAGAAAAGGGGCAUAUCACCAUCUGCGAGGGACUUCCAAUGCUCUCUCCAUCGAUCACCAGUCGAUUUACCCACAUUGAAGAAUGAAGAUACGGCACAACGAGUUCUAGUGGAUAGCCUUCAAUAGUCGGUUCGCGUGGUGCGCAGGGGACGCCAACGCGAGCCUUCAUGGAUAGAUUAUCUCUGUAAAUCAACUUGCAUACAACGUUUAUCAUACUUUAAAACCCAGCAAAAACGGACCAGGUUGGAGAAUAUUAUUCAUAAAGCGAAAUAAAGCAUGUGGAUUAUUGUUCCCAAGAGACAGUCAUUGCGCGCAGACAUGGUGAACUGAGGAGUUGUUAAAGCUACAAAGAAUAUCCGAGCCGAUUCUGAUCUUCUCGCUUUGAAACCGACCGCCGCCCCGUGUUUUUAAGUGCACAGGUGGUCCAUCAUUUUAAGGUCGCAUCAUUUGCAACUAUGUUAUGUGAAUGUCUUCACCGUCUCAGCUGGAAUGUGUAUACUUCGGAUUCCCUGACUUAUUCCUGACUGGAUAUUGGCAACUGUUUUGGGGAUUUGAGCAAGUUAAGAUAGAAGACAGAAGAAAACAGAAGAAUAUUCUCGGUGUUGUGUGAGAAUUUCCCUCUUCUCCUCAACGACUGGCGACGCAGUACUCAUUGAUGUCAGAAAAGACCGCCCUGCUGCCAUGACGACCAAGGAGGAGGGUCCCGGAGCAGCGGGGGCGGUGGCCGUCUCCAUCGUCAGGGACGACGAGAUGCCCCUACCCCGCCGUGGCUCCUCCCUCGAGGAAGAGGAGGUGGAGGAAGAGCGGCGGAUGGAGCGGAGGAUGGAGGGAUCGAUCAUAGAAGAACGAGUGAUGGAAGAAGAGGAGUGCAAUGGUGACGAUAAUGAUGAUGAUGAUGCGGGCAGUGACAUCAGCACCCUAAUAGUUCCGUAUCCUGAGCUGGCUCCGGUCAUCUUCUUCUGUCUCAAGCAGACCACGUUCCCCAGGAGCUGGUGUAUACGUGCCGUGUCCAGCCCAUAUCCUUUAACACUAUGACCUCUGACCUCUAACCCCUUACCCUUCAACUUGCUUUGG